AGUGUGACGUCGCUGCGUCACGUGAGCGGCUCGGCAGUCCCGGCGGCGCGCGGCCUCGCGGUGUUCGGCAGUAAACAUGAACCGUCUUUUCGGGAAAGGAAAACCCAGAGCCCCACCGCCCAACCUCACCGACUGCAUCGGCAACGUUGAUGGCCGAGCAGAGUCGAUUGAUAAGAAAAUUUCCAGAUUGGAUACUGAACUGGCCAAGUACAAAGAUCAGAUGAAGAAAAUGAGAGAUGGGCCAUCAAAGAAUAUGGUAAAACAAAAAGCAAUGCGUGUUUUGAAGCAGAAGAGAAUGUAUGAACAGCAGAGGGAUAACUUGACGCAGCAGUCGUUCAAUAUGGAACAAGCCAAUUAUACAAUACAGUCAUUGAAGGACACAAAGACGACGGUUGAUGCAAUGAAAGUUGGAGUCAAGGAAAUGAAGAAGGCUUACAAGCAAGUCAAAAUUGACCAGAUUGAGGAUAUUCAAGAUCAACUAGAAGACAUGAUGGAAGACGCAAACGAAAUCCAGGAAGCGCUAAGUCGGAGUUACGGGACCCCAGAGAUUGAUGAGGACGAUCUGGAAGCAGAGCUGGAUGCACUGGGUGAUGAACUUUUAGCUGAUGAGGACUCAUCCUACCUAGACGAAGCUGCAUCGGCUCCAGCUAUUCCUGAAGGUGUUCCUACUGACUCAAGAACCAAGGAUGGUGUACAGGUGGACGAAUUUGGCUUACCUCAGAUUCCUGCUACUUAACAAGCAUUUUCAAGCAUGCCUGAAAUAAACAGUGGGAUUUUGUAUGUAUAUUAUUUACCAAGAAUAUUUGUUUCAGAAACUUCUAUACUAUAACCAUAACCUAAGUCACUACACAGUUGGAAUUUGGUUUGAAAAAUAAUUGUAAACAUCUAGUGAUUAUUGUAUCCCCAAAUGUAAAGAUAGGUGGGCUUUUAAAGUUUCUUUAAAUAAUGGAAAGUGCAAAAAUUAUCUUGUAGAAUCAUGGCUCAUUAUGUAUUCUCCUUCUAGCUUGAAUGUAUGUGCAGUGGGUCCUUAACUCAUCUAAUGUUGAUUUUGCUACUGACACUUAGCAUGGUAAUAUGAAAUACUGCAUUUGAAUAUAAUUUACCUUAAAUUCUGUUGACUUCUAACUUGUACAGUAAUACAUUUGCUGCAUUGAUUGGCAAUUUGAACUCUGCAAAUCUUUUGUCUACCACAAUAAAAUAAUUAUUUUCAGAUGA